AGGGACUUCACAUCGACCUUUUUGAAGAAGAAGAAACGACGGCUGAAGAUGGACUUGCAGAAUGGGAACCGAAGGUAACAUUUAAAUACCCGGAAUUGCUGCUCUUUCGUGGGCGAUUGUCAGCUCUAAGUUUGACAUGGCGCAGUUUCUGUGGAGAGACGUGAAGGAUCGUAUGACGGCCGCUCUCAUCGCUUGUGUCACACUGAAGGCCAUGAAGAAAAGAAUUUUGAAUAAUGUGGCUUUCAUGGAUGAGAAGGAAGAAUACACUCAGAAAAUAGCUGUGUUUGAGGGUCUGGCAGUCGCAGUACUGAACAGAUGUAACAACGAAGACGCAGAGAAAACAAAGAAACUUUUGACAAGAAUUCAACCCCAGUGGGAAGGACUUACUUGCCUUGAGAUUGCCGAUCAGGCCAAAUGCAGCAACUUUAUUUCCCAGGAAUCAUGCCAAGCCAUCGCAGACCUAAUCUGGAAAGGGAAAGACAACCAGGCUCAUACUGAUGACGAUGAUGACUUCCUCUCAGUGUGUUGCAAAUACUUAAGGAACAUCUCCUAUGUCUUCAUCGCAUUUUUUGUGGUCAUUCCAACAUUUCUCCUGGAAUGCGGUAAAAACAAAAGGUCUGGUGCUUAUCUCUGGAAAUCGUUUCAACAAAUUGUCGACAAUUUUCCGCUCUCGGCCUCGUCCCCAGCAUUCAAAUUUUAUGUCAACUGGUUUUUCUUCCUGGGCUUCGUGUUUCUUUACAUGUACGUUCUUCUGGUGCGAAUACCAAUAGACACUUUACAAAUUCCGGAGCUGAUUCUAUUCGCUUGGUUCUUCACACUUUUUAUAGAAGAACUGCGACUGUCAAUUGUAAUGAUCCCUCAUGGAACAAAAGGCAAAGUUAGUUACUUCCUACUGAACCAGAUCGGCUUUCUGAGCAUUACCAACUACUACUUGGGCUUAGCCACCAUUGCUGGCUGGGUGAUUAAUCCUCAGAGUGCCUUUCUCCAUGGAGCCAUGUGCGUCAACUUCAUCGGAUUCGUCUGUCGUCUUUUCUUCUUCUUGUCAAUUAACGCGCAGCUGGGACCGAGAAUCUUCAUGAUGCGACGAAUGAUAAGGGACAUUAUCAUUUUCUCCGUAAUCUUGAUCAUCAUGUGUUUCACCUAUGGCGUGGUCGUGUACUCGCUGGAGAACAAAGGCACCAUCAGAGACCUCCAGCUUUCAAGUUUGCUGGAGCUUCCCGUCAACGGCUUCUGGCUUUUGCUGGGAAAUCAGCCCAGUGACAAUGCAAAUGAAGACAACACUGACCUAAGGAUAGUUAUACGAGGUCUGAUGAGGGUUGUCUACAUGAUGAUCGCUUGCAUCUUGAUGAUCAAUCUACUUAUUGCGGCUUUCAGCCACACUUUUAAUCAGGUCCAAGAAAAGAAGGAGGAGGUGCGAAAGUUCCAGCGAUUUCAGAUGAUCUACAGGUUCUAUUACCAGUUCCCUUUCCCACCUCCACUGAGCAUUCUCUUCUACCUGCCAGUAGCCUUUGGUGUGUGGUGCUGCAGAUGCUGCAAGAGAACUUGUACCAAAAACCCAUCCCUCAAGAAUCCGGAUGGAGAUAAAUUCCAUCAAAUUGUGAAUGCUCAAGAGGAGGAGGAGCUUCUUGCCUGGGCCAACGCAGUGGUGGACAGCUACAGUGUCGGCUCCCCCAUGAAUGAGGACUCGGUUCAAACCCAAGUCAACGAAGUCAUUAGAAAAGUUCAGCGAAUAGCCAAAUCUGACGAAGGGCUGUACAAGUAUACUGAGAAUAAGGACAGUAUUGAGAACCUCAGAGAUCUUGGUGAAAUACUUAAAAAACUGCAAGAAUCCGUACAAUCACUUGCUGACAGUUUACUAGCUCGUCCAGACCUGCAAACUUCUAAGGCAUAGAUCGUCAAGCAGUUGCAUGGCCACGAUGAACAUGAGACCUUGAGUACACUUUGAACAAGAAUAGGACAACGAAAAACAAAAACAUUUUCCAUACGUUAUGGAGUCCAAUACGCAAUUGAAGAGACUGAGGAGAAUUUGUAAUAAAUAUACUAUUCCUUCAUCUUGUUUGCUUUGGAAAAGGAUUAUGGUAUUUUUAUGUGAAUAUUUGGAUUACGAAAAGGAAAGAGGACAUCAAUUUUUGAGAGCCUUCACACUCAGGUGAUGUGAUUAAGUGUCUUAAGUUUAUGAUCUCAAGUGUAUGGGUAUCCCUAAUGAGUAGAAGUAUCACACAUCUGGUCUGUUGAUCAGAAGGUCAACUCUGGACUGAAUGAAAAGCAAGUCAUCAACAUCUCAAGUUCCUUUUUUUCAUUUUUUUAACCAUGUGCUCUUUACAGAUUCCUAUUCAUACACGCUUCCUGAUAUAUGUUUAAAGCGGAAACUACACAGAGAUAUUUUUUACUUCUGUUACUAAUUUGAGAAACUGCAUAAAUCCAAAGUCUAAUUAACGUUUAUUAUUAUAUCUAUGUUUCUUAUUAGUAUGUGUGUAUGUAUGCAUGUAAGCUUUAAGCAUGCAUAUAAAUAUGUAUGAGUGUGUGCUUUGUGUUUUUGGUUGGUUUAGUUUGUGAAUGUUUUUUAAGGAGACUUCCUGUUUUAUCCUACAUGUUAUUUUAGCAGACACGUGCACAAGUAUUGACCAUGUGAUGAAUUUUUGGUUUUUGUGCAUUUGCAUUUGUUUUGAUAUCGUUCUUUUUGAACUGAUUUAUUUUUAAACCUUUCAGUUUUGUGUGAACGGAAGAGCAACAGGCUGCGAAAGCAUGUGUUAGUUGGCAAGAUUUUAUGUGAUUAUGUUAUUAAUGGGUUUUGUGGAUUUUCUGACUCAUUUUACCUUUUUGAAUGAAACCCUAUAUCCGUCUAUCACUCCGUCCAUUCACCAUCCGUCCUUUGUGCCGCAUGUAAGCAUGUGUACUCAUACGAGAAGUAUUAAAUUCAAAAGCACUCAAUCACACCCCGGUAAUGUACAGUGUACACUUUUGAUAUUAUCGAUGAGCAUAAUAUUUUUUCAUCAUGAAUGUAAUAAUGAAAACUCAUGAAUCAAAUACAUAAUACUAUAAAUA